AUGGGCCCUGGCGAAGCUAUGGGUGGCACUACGCAUGGUGUUGGUUGGGGUCGACGCAAUUACCAUCCGGGCCAGAAAGCAGGAGAUCAGACUGAUUACGGCGAGUACAAUUUGCUCGGCUUAGAGUACCUAGCCUCCCGCAGCGCGGGGGAGGCGAAGUCUCCGAUCAGGCUAGAGGGUCUAGUACCCUUUUGGCAAAAGCGUGUGACCUCAAAAUCCUGGGGCGCAUGGCUGUGCACGCAGACCAAGCAGACCCUUCAGCAGGUGUCCCAGAAGGUUCCCUACGAGAGGUUGGGGGGCAUGUCCAACGCCAUGUCGCUUCGUCAUGCAGCAGCUUAUGCAGUCUUUGACAACGAGGCUGAGAUCGUCAAAGCUGCACGCACCAUGAUGUUCACCCAUCGGAAUACAGAAGCUCUGGGCGGCGGAGAAUUCUUUGGCCGAGUAGCCUUCCGGAUCAUCCACAAGGGCUUGAAGCCUCGGCAGGCCAUCGAGGAGGUCGCUACAGAGAUGGGCGGAUGGUUCACGGAGAAGGCAAGGCAGGGCAUUGCCAAGUUUGAGGAAGCCACAGACCCCACCAAGCCUUUGUCCAAGGAGGAGUUUGUGGAUGAUCUUGCAAUGACCUCAAUGGCUCGGCUCUGGGAUGUUGGCAAGAGUGAGCCAAUCAAGGUGGGCAAAGCCUCGCCCACAGAGGGCACACUGCCCAGCAGCGUUUACAUCAUCCUCAAGUAUGAAAAUGAUUUCAUUGCCGGGCUCAAGGCGAAUGCAAUGGUCGGUGGCGACAAUGCCGCACGUUCAGUGGCCAUUGGGCUGGUUCUAGGUGCCUACCACGGAGCCAGCGCCAUCCCCGAG